CGCUAAAUGUUUUGACGUGUUAAGCUAGUUCGCAACGAUUAGCUAUUUUUAUUCAUAACACGACUGUUUAAUCAAAUUAACCUGUAAUUCUUUGUAUAACACGUGUGGAAGUUUGAAAUCGUUUUCGUUUGUCCCCUCGUUUUGUGGUGAAAUGGUACGUCCCGGUGUAAGUCACGCCCACUUUUGGUUGCCGAUGCUAUAGUUGAGAAUGGUUCUAUUAUUGUUUGCGUCUGUGAGAUUUGAACGAUGUAAUGACGAGUUAAAGAGAAAGUAAAGAAAAUAAUGAAAUGACAACAAGUAGCUCCAAGUCAGGAGAGUGAUGAAAACUGGUACUUAAACGUAUAUGUUCGGAAACUCAUGGAGUUACGCAACGCUACACGGAGGCAGUUAGUGUUGAGGAGCGGGAGGCGAGGCUGUAAAAGAUCCGCCAGCAUGAAGCGGGACGCGGGGAAAGUUUUGAGGUCGCUACCGCUGCACGUCAACGAGCCCGGCGACGCGACCAUCGAAGAGGCCUGUUUUACCUUGAGCUUGUCCAAGCAGGCCGGCCUCGAGAACGCCAGCGUAGUCAUGGCACCGCGGUACAGCCUGCUCCGGGAGGUGGGUCGGGGAAGCUACGGGGUCGUCUACGAGGCCAUGGCCCGAAAAUCCGGCGCCCGCGUGGCGGUCAAGAAGCUCCGCUGCGACGCGCCAGAGAAGGUCGAGCUGGCCCUGGCUGAGUUCUGGGCCUUGGCCAGCUUGGACAAGAAACACGAAAACAUCGUCCAGUUGGAGGAGUGUGUGCUGGAGAGGAAUGGCAUGGCGCAGAAAAUGAGCCACGGCAACAAAAGAUCCAAACAAUAUUUAAGAUUAGUGGAAACUUCAUUAAAAGGUGAACGUAUUCCCGGUUAUCCAGAGGAACCAUGCUACCUCUGGUUCAUAAUGGAGUUCUGCGAAGGUGGUGACCUGAACCAGUACAUCCUGUCACGACAGCCCGACCCAAAAACCAACAGGAGCUUCAUGAAGCAGCUGACCAGCGCCGUGGCCUUCCUGCACAAGAACAACAUCGUCCACCGCGACCUCAAACCCGACAACAUCCUGAUCUCGCAGAAGUUCGGCGCUCCCGUCAUCAAGGUGGCCGACUUCGGUCUGAGCAAGGUGUGUGCCGGUCUUGGGUGCAUAGAACGUGGGUCUGAAGGACACGUCGAAAAGAAUGUCAAUGUCAACAAGUUCUGGUUGUCGUCAGCAUGUGGUUCAGACUUCUACAUGGCGCCCGAAGUAUGGGAGGGCCACUACACGGCCAAGGCGGACAUCUUUGCGCUCGGCAUCAUCAUUUGGGCUAUGCUCGAGCGGAUCACAUUUAUCGAUGGCGAGUCGAGGCGCGAGCUCUUGGGCACGUACGUCCGUCAAGGCAGCGAGAUUGUGCCGGUGGGCGAGGCGCUGCUUGAGAACCCCAGGAUGGUCUUACACAUCCCACAGAAGCCACGCAGCUCAAUGUCCAACGCCAUCCGGACGCUUCUGCACGACAUGUUGGCCGUUAAUCCGGAGGACCGACCGGACGCCUUCCAGCUGGAGCACAGGAUGGACCAAGUCACGUGUGCCACUUGAACCAGACCAGAUGAACUUCAAGCUAAAUUUCAGGUUUGAGAGCAGCACGAGCGUCCGAUCGCUCAGCAGGACGGAGAACGGGAACUAUGAGUCUCAUAACUGCGAAGUGCGUGUUGGCGUAAGGACAGGAAAUUAAAGUCUUCAGGAUGUGAUGGAAAUCAGCCCGGUCACACAGAUCCCAUAAACGAUCGUGCCUGACAUUUCUGCAUGUCUGGUCUUCAGUUGUUGUUGUUUUUUUCCCCCCUUCUUUUAAGUUAUAUCAGCACUGUUUAUAGGGUUUGUUUUUUUGUUUAUUUUUUACAUUGUUUUUCAUUUCUCUGUCGUAUCGAUUGUGCUGUUGUUCGGGACCAAAAACAGGAGAAAAGACAACAUGUUGCACUUUGUACUCAUCGCCUCUGCACUUCUCACAACCUUAAAGAGCGCCCGUACACGACGUUCCGGAUACUGGAAUGUUCUUUGGGAUGUUGAGGAACGUUCCGGAGUCAGCACGGAUGUAACAGCGGUCAUUGAAAGAUGCACUGUGAACGAAGUAAUCUGGCGUGUUUGUGUGUGUGUGUGUGUUUGGCUGCGCAACAGCCUCCUGGUUCAUGAGUUCACUCCUGUGCCUUAUUUAAUUUUAGGCAAUUUCACACAAUUUGAACUGAAUCCUCACUUAUCUUGUUUCCUCACAUGCAAAAAAAAAGAGCCAGGUUUCUAUAUUUGACGACGUUUUAUUUUUGUGUAGGGAUUUGUGAAAAUGUGCAUAUCGUAAAAUAUGCAUGCAUCAAUUAUAUGUUCAUUGUCCACAAGAUCUCUUUGGUCAAAAAACAUAGGAUUGUCCCAGACAUCAGUUAUGCCUGCAUAUAUACGAGCGAACUACAUGGCAAAAACGUGACGUAUAUCAUGAUAUUUAAAUGUGCUUAAAAAAAAAAAGUGUAAUCAAAACAUUAGCACAAUCAAAACAUUUUGAAACCUUCAAAAAUAAAGUAUAUUUCUAUGCAACAGUGAAAAAAAUUAACAAACAGUCCACAUGCGUAAGGAAAUUUUUGAAAAUGUAUGUUUUUAUUUUUUCUUCAAACGUUUUCUGUCCACGUGAAAUCCUCAAGUCACCGAAUGCACGGCUUUUUGAAAACGGGCACUUCUGGCUUCGUUCUGAUGCGGCCAUGUUGUUUUUCUGUGUUUCGACCUUCUCUAUGCAGCUCUUUACGUUAAUCUAGAGGUGGGAUUUUUUUUUUAUGUGCAUUCGUUACGUCAUAUAUAUUGCCACCUGCUGCUCACGUUUUUGCGGUUUAUCGUGAAGGUGUUGAAGUGGACAUGAAUGUUUUUUUUUUUAAAUGAGGAGUGAAAAAAAUAAACUGCGUAUUCAAACCCGUUUACACGUGGAUUUUAACGUCCAAUCAGCUCCGUGUUAGCGGAGUUAGUCGAUUUAGAGUUGCAAAGGUUUCCGUUAAAUGGAUGUAUGAUUUUAGAAUUCAUCACGAUAUCUGAAACACGCAUACAAGACCUCACAAACGCUCUUGUAGCUGAACUGAAUGAAAACAAAUCCCCACAGACACACCCCAAAAUUAAUUGGAAAUCCUUCCCAGAAGAGUGGAGCACAUCAUAACUGCAAAUCUGGAACGGGAAGUUGAACAAGCACAUACGGGUCUGAUGGUCAUGUGUGCACAAACUUCUGGCCACAACGGUCUGUAAAAACUGUUUAUAGCACUGUCAAAAACUGUAUAUUUCAAACAAACAUCCGUUUUUAUUGGCUUUUAUUACGUUUGAUUCUUCGGUUGUAUAAAGUGUGAAAAGGGAACAAAAUGAGCACUUUGGGGAUUCGGUUUAUUGUUACUUAAACCAAUCUAACCUUUGGUUUGAGUACAAACACGCACAAAAAAUGCUGCUGUUGAAGUAAACAGUGAGCUGGAAUUGUGCAAUUUUGCUCAAAUUUUAAACAUUGAGGACCCAUGGGAAAUUUAGUUGCUAGAGAUUGUACAUAUGGAAGGAGAAGUUUACAACCCGAUUGGAUAACCGAAGCACUACGUGAACACGCUACUGCCCGGAACGUUCCAGACGCCGUUUUACAUCUGCUCACGUUUUAGAUCAUUUCCGAGGCCGUGUAGAAAGUAUGAUCCAUUUCCUCAGCGGUCCACUUUCACAUCAAUCUUCUCAAAGGUGUGUGUUUAUUUUCCUUGGUUUACUUGUUCGAUGGUUCUACCUCAUUUUUUUUCUUCCUUCUUCCAUGAUGUUCCUGAUGGUUGGUUUUCAUGACACGGUGUCAUUUGUCUCUUAAAGGCUAUUAAAGGAUUUCUGACGCAAACGUGCGUCACAUUCAUUGUAUUCGGCGUAAAAAUGUAACGGGAUUGGGGUGGCGCAUUUUAAAGCCGGAUUUAGGAACGACAUCGUAGUUUCCAGGGUUACAGUGCUACGAUUCCUCCAUUUUUCUAGAUUAUCCGCUUGUGUCGAGUUAGCGUUACGCUAACAUUCGUUGCUCUCUCAUCUGACGAACUGAAUUAUGCGGAAGAAGAUCAAACAUUUCUUAACGCCAGUGCAAAAACCCAUCUACGCGGUUUCCUCUUCAGGCAAAGAUGUGGAUUGUGUGGAAUACGUAAGGAACAACGCACUCAGGGUUAAAACAUACUGUUAUAGGAAAAUAAUCAACAACAGGGAUCAUUUUCUAUACCUGCAUGGCAGAUUUGAGCUAUAUUAUGCUACAGAUAAAUAAUUAUAGCACUACACAUGACCUGGAUGAUCAAUAGUUCUGGAAAGUUUCAUUUUGGAAAGUAUCCUUUUUGGUGUUACUUUAAUAGAAGCUGAUGGUUUGACAUUUUUUCACCUCGCGUCCUAAUCUGCCGUUUCUUUAUGCCAGGAAGAAAACUCCUCUGCUGAAACGUUUGCAGGUCAAACACAACAAGCUAGCACAGUGGGUUAAAAGGAAAAGGCGGAAAAUUCCGGACAUUUCAUAUGAACUGCUGUGAACAGAGAACUUGGCACUUCACCUACAGAUAUUUCUUUUCUGUUCAUAAAAUCAUGGCUUAAUGUACUUUAUCACGAUUUUCAUGUGAGUAGAAUUUUAAUUUAGUAGCAAAUGCUAUUAGACACUCAAGGUUUUUCUGAAGUAUUUGUUCUAAUGUAAAGUUGUUGUUUUUUUCUAAAUAAAUGAACAGUUAAAUAAAACUGUUUUGUACUUGCUUUA